GAAAUAAUGGUUACAAAUGUAGACUAACAGCUAAUAAUGCCAUUGGUGUUAAACACACAUUAUGAUAUCAAUGAAAAGUGUCGAGAAAUUCACUCAAGCCAAGUAGUAGGCCUUGCCCAUGCAAAGUGAGGAUGUCGAUUGCGCGUUUACUCCAGUCAUGACGGUAGUUAAAACCCGCAGUAACUUGUUUAUUUCUGCCUGGCGAUGGUCUUGACUGCACGCCUACCUCAGCAGACUUAUCCCCUAUGCCAAAGCUAGUAGUUGCACUGCGGCCAGCUUGGUAACUUGCGUAGCCUUCACCGCUUGAUUGCUGCGGCUUUUUCAAUCACUGACGCGUCUAAUUUUAAGACCUGGAAUAGGCUUUGUUUAAUAGCACCUAUUUACCUAUAGGCUAUAAUAUAUAUAUAUUUUUGUUGUUAUCUUAUUCUGUCUUGGUAGGACGCAUAGACUAAGUCUUCAUAAGGUAAGGCUAUUAGGGAUAGUUUUAGAGCAAGUAGGCUAUUAUUUUCAUCAGGAGUUAGCUUUCAAGCUAAAUUAAGAAGUCUGUUUUGAUGCCGGAUUUUGAGCAUUUCAGAUUUUCAUACUCAAGCAUGAAUCCAUUAUUGGGGGAGAACGCGUUCCUGGUUCAGCAACAGCAGCAUAACCAGAUGGGGAGCCAUUCUAAUUCUUCCAUGACAGGCCUAGACUCAUACGGUGCAUCUGACUCAGGCUUCAUCUUGGGCGAGCACACCGUGUUUGGACAAGAUGGGAUAUCUGGCCUGGACUUUAAUGCGCUGCCACCUUCGGGACUCGCGUAUCUGCACCAGAACAACAUGCACCGUGCGCCACCGCCCCCCGCAGCGAUGGCCCUGCGUAACGACUUGGGCUCCAACAUCAGUGUUCUCAAGACCUUGAAUUUGCGCUUCCGUUGCUUUUUGGCUAAAGUUCAUGAACUGGAGCGUCGGAAUAAAGUUUUGGAGAAGCAGCUUCAGCAGGCUUUGGAGAAUAAUGAGGACAAUUCAGAACGACACGGGAAAAAGCCAUUGACUAAGGAAAUGGGAGUCCAGACUGGUUUCGUAGGGCCCAUUGCAGUUAGGCCCGGACAUAUCCCACUCCAGAACAUCAAUAACUCUGCAUACCUGCCCGGGGGUCUUCUCUCUCCAUCACUCAACAGGCCUACAACUCCCUCCUUUGAGUCCAACAGCAAAUCAGUAUUUAGGAACUUGACUCUUACUGACUCGAAUUCCGACCUCAAUUCCAACCAACUCACUCCACAUAUAUCCAUCAGUCCUUUAUUAACCCCUACUGAUCCUUCCAAGACUAUAUCCAACAUUAACGAGAAAUAUGUCAGUUCUGGGACUGGUAUGUCUACUAACCCGCCUCCCCAGUUCCUUCCUGGCACCGUUUGGUCCUACAACCACGACCGCAGGUUUGGCGCGUGGAGAGAGUCGCGUGUAACGGGCACAGGUGUGCCUUGUGCCCAAACGGACGGAGUAGGUGUUCAAAUCGACACCAUCACCCCUGAAAUACGGGCCCUGUACAACGUAUUGGGCAAGGUGAAACGAGAAAGGGAUGAGUAUAAACACAGAUGGGAGGAAGAAUACACAGUCAGAGUGGACCUCCAGGAGAAAGUGACUGAGCUGGAGGAGGACCUCCAGGAGAGCGAGGUCUGUCAGGAUGAGCUGGCCCUCAGGGUGAAACAGCUGAAAGCUGAGCUGGUCCUCUUCAAAGGUCUUAUGAGCAACAACCUGUCGGAUCUGGACAGUAAGAUCCAGGAAAAGGCCAUGAAGGUGGACAUGGACAUCUGUAGACGUAUCGACAUCACAGCUCGCCUGUGUGACGUGGCCCAGCAGAGGAACUGUGAAGACAUGAUCCAGAUCUUUCAGAUGGCCACACCUCCUUCCACUCUGACCCGCCGGCCCCGGAAGCAGGCGGCCCAAUCGGUUAACGGGGACGAACCAACCAGCAUCUCUGAGAGCGAGGCGGGCAAGGAUGAGGAGUCGUGUAGCACGUCAGCCAAUCAGAUCAAUGAGGAAAUGCAGAGGAUGCUGAACCAGUUGAGGGAAUGUGAGUUUGAGGACGACUGUGACAGCCUGGCCUGGGAGGAGACUGAGGAGACUCUGCUGCUGUGGGAGGAUUUCCCAGGAUACACUCUGGGAGCAGUGGAGACCCAGGGAGAGCAGCAGGAGGAGUCCAUAGAGAAGGUGAUACAAGACACAGAGUCCCUCUUCCAGACCAGAGAGAAGGAGUAUCAGGAGACCAUCGACCAGAUCGAGUUGGAGUUGGCCACGGCUAAGAGUGACAUGAACAGACACCUGCACGAGUACAUGGAGAUGUGUUCCAUGAAGCGAGGCCUGGACGUGCAGAUGGAGACGUGCAGGAGACUCAUCACCCAGAGUGGAGACAGGUAUCAGACACCUCUGCAUGGUGCUGAACACUCUAAACGCUCAAAAAGAUACCCUAGGAAAUCUCCCCCUCUCAUUACUGCAGCAAUGGAGGACUCUGAUGACGGCGAGAAGGAGAGGAAUAAGGCGUCCCCACCCGCAGACUCUGAAAGUGAUGAACCCUACUGUGACACAGAGGUUAAUAGUGGUACCGUCCCUCACUUACCAUGGAGGAAGUCCUAACCCUUACUGAUGAUGCUCUGUAGAUGUACUAUAGUCUGGAUAGUGCUGUUGUUUACAUUUUUUGCCAGGGCCAAUUGUCACCACUGUCCUCUUGUGGUUCAGGUUAUUACGACACCUAAUCUGAGGAUAGAACUAAAUGGCACUUAUACAAGGAAAUCAAUUGGAUUUCUUAACAUUGUGCUAUUUAUAUGAUAUGAACGAUCAAAAUAAAUAUAUUUUUGUUAAGUUUGCCAAUUGAUCUUGCUAUAUGUACUGUAUCAAGGUCCAACCGAAAACAAUUUGCACUCAGUCUUUGUGCAGUUACAGAUUUGAAACCACAGCUGAAUUUUUGAAGGCAAACAAAAAAAAUGCACAAUUAGCAAACUAUUUGCACAGGAUAUGUAAUUAUCUAGUAGUCUGUCGCAGUCAAACAAAAUGAACAUUUACAGUUUGUUAAAGGGAAAGGGCCUAGCUGUUGAUAGCCAUCUAUGAAAAUUUAUUUUCUUCUUAGUUAAUAUCCUUCUCAUCUAUUUUCCAUUUUUAAAAGUAUGGAUACAAUUUCUGAGAAACAUAUCGAAGGAUGUAAAGCCUUUUUAAUCAAUCUCACAACAUUCAUAUGUACACAACAUGUUAUUAACAGAGAGGUUCAGAACAUUCGUAUUUACAUUUUACAUUUUAGUCAUUUAGCAGACGCUCUUAUCCAGAGCGACUUACAUACAUAUAUAUUUUUUCAUAUUCGUAUGUACACAACAUGUUAUUAACAGUGAGGUUCACAACAUUCGUAUGUACACAACAUGUUGUUAACAGAGAGGUUCACAACAUUCGUAUGUACACAACAUGUUAUUAACAGAGAGGUUCACAACAUUCGUAUGUACACAACAUGUUAUUAACAGAAAAGUUCACAACAUGUUUUAUUAUUUUUUUAUUUGCUUGGUUACAUAUUCAUGCACUUUAUUUAUUUCAGCACUUUUUCAUUCGUCAUUGAAAUUCAGAUAGAUACAGUAUUUUAUUUUGAAAUGAAUAAAUAACUUAUUUUUA